AUGAAGAUUGUAAUAAUUGGUGGUGGACCAUGUGGACUAGGAGCUGCUUGGCGUACUGAAGAAAUUCGACGUCAAGGUAAUACCAGUGUCGAUUGGACAGUUGUCGAACAAUCAUUGGAUGCUGGUGGUCUUGCUCGAACAGUUGUUGAUGACAAAGGCUUUCUAUGGGACAUGGGUGGUCAUGUGAUAUUUUCUCACUAUGCUUAUUUUAGUCGUUUACUUGAUUACUUGUUGCCGAAUGCUACAGAUUGGAACAAUAAAAUUCGCGAAGCAUGGGUAUGGAUGCGUGGUACAUUCAUUCCGUAUCCAUUACAACAAAAUCUCCAUCGUCUACCAAAACAGGAAAUCAUUGCCUGUAUUGAUGGUCUUCUCGAAAAUGAACGUCGCCGUCAAACAUUUUCAAAGCCUGUAACAUUCGCUGAUUGGAUGGAUCAAUCAUUUGGACGUGGUCUAUGUGAUGUUUUCAUGCGUCCAUACAAUUUCAAAGUGUGGGCAUACACCGCCGAUAAGAUGAACGUCGAAUGGAUGGGUGAACGCGUUGCAACAGUUAAUGUAUCACGUGUCGUACAGAAUGUUAUACUCGCCCAAGAUGAAGUCGGUUGGGGACCUAAUAAUACAUUUCGUUUUCCAAUGAAAGGUGGCACUGGUGCAAUAUGGACUCGCUUAGCUCAAGUAUUACCACAAGAAAAAUUUCAAUUUUCGAAGAAAGUGACCAAAAUCGACGUUGUUAAAAAGAUAAUUACGUAUAGUGAUGGUUCGUCGGAAUCCUAUGAUGCUAUUGUUUCAACAAUGCCAAUGGAUUGCUUAUGUCAAGUUGUUGAAGGCACAACGAAAAUUCCUCGCCAUGAUUUGCUUGAGAAAGCCAAGCAAUUUCGUUAUUCUUCAAGUCAUAUAUUAGGCUUUGGACUUGACGGUCAACCACCAGAACAUUUAGCAACAAAAUGUUGGAUGUACUUUCCGGAAGAUGAUUGUCCAUUUUAUCGUGCUACACUUUUUUCUAAUUACUCGCCUUAUCAUGUACCGAAACCAGGCGAACAAUGGUCACUUAUGUGUGAAGUAGCCGAAUCUCCUGACAAGCCUGUCGACAUCGAUAAUAUUAUUGCUAUUACAGAACAAGGUUUAAGAAAUGCAAAAUUAAUUAAUGAUGAUACAAAAAUCCUAUCACGCUUUCAUAUUCGAUUGGAAUAUGGUUAUCCAACGCCAUUUUUUGGUCGGGAUCAACUUUGUGGACCACUUUUUGAAGAGUUCGAAGCGCAUAAUAUCUAUUCGCGUGGUCGAUUUGGUUCAUGGAAAUAUGAAGUCUCAAAUCAAGAUCAUUCCAUGAUGUUAGGUGUCGAAGCUAUUGAUCGAAUUGUUUUUGGUACUGAAGAACUCACACUGAAAUAUCCAGAUGUUGUUAAUGCCAAACGUGACAACGUUGGCCGUGAACCUUCGCUUCCACCGAAUCAAAAUAGAUAA